AUGCGACCAAAAAAGGGUUUUUUCAUUAUCGGUGUAUCAUUCCUUGCUGCGAUCAUAGCCGGGGCAAUCACAACAAUGCCGGCACUGUUAACAGGCUUGUUGAUUGGCAGUAUACAAGACGGCUGGUCUGGGGGUUCAUCCCAAGACAGGUCCAAUAGCGAAUUGACGCGCUUCACAAUUUACUUCGUGUAUCUUUUUCUGGGCGAGAUGGUGUCAUGCUACAUUGCCAAUAUCGGAUUCAUCCGUACUGUCAAAACAUUGCCUUCUUUGACAAUAUCGGAGCUGGAGAAAUAUCAACUCAUAUCACCGCCAGACGCAGAUUUAAUUCGAGAUGUCAGUGUUGCCGUACAGUGCUCUGCAUCGGUUAUCGCCGCUUCUGUCAUAGGUUUUAUGCGAGACUGGAGGUGGACGCUCACCUUGGCCUCUAGUAUCGUAUGCAUCACCCUUGUAUUUGCCGCCGGCGGUAUAUUGCUCACGAAACAUCGCCAGCAAUGGUUGGGGGAGACCGAAGCAUCUGGUAGCAUUGUCCAAGAGGUGUUUUCAUCCAUUAGAAUGGUCAUGGGGCUCAAUGCGCAAUCCGAGCGUGUGGCCCGAUACGAUAGCUGUCUAGCUAAAGCAGAACGUGCCCUUCUUGGUGCUGUCUUUGCCGUUAUUUACUUGGCUAUCAAGUUAAGAUUCUAA